AUGCUACAAAAGCUCCUCAACCUCAAGCAGUCAGACGCCGCCAAGGAGCUGGGGAUCUCACUGACGGCCCUGAAGUCUGUGUGCAAGAGCCUCGGCGUGACCAAGUGGCCCUACCGCAGGACAGUGUAUCGCCGAGUCAGAACGGAGAGGAAGAAACCAUCCGAGGGGACAAGGGCUGAUGAAGAUGGGCACCAGCAGCAAGAGGGCAGCGAGACGGGGAACAGCGCGGACGAGGAAGGAGGGGGUGAAGCUCAACAGGAAGUGGAUGCUGGAGAGAAACAAAGUAGAUCAUGCGGUGGGCCUAGCAGCUGCUGGUAUAUACCAAUCACCGGGCUGUCAGAGGGAAGAAGGGCGAGGCGGUUGGACGACGAGACGAGUAACAUUAUGGAUGAAGCCCUGCACCAUCUGGAAUGCUGUCGAUUCAUAUCGUUCAACGACGGACCGCAAGAGGAAGAUAAAGAUGAGAACAUGCUCUACGUGCCCUCCCAGAAGGAGAUCCUCAUCACCAACGAGACCAUCGAGUCUCUCCUCCACCUCCGUCAGGUCGACGCCGCCAACCAGCUCGGCAUCUCCCUCACGGCCCUCAAGAACGCCUGCAAGUACCUUGGCUUCGACGACUGGCCGACGGCGAGGAGCAACCUGAUGGCGGCUCAGCACGGGAGAUCAGGGGAGCUGCCGUCGCUGGUGUCAGGACCUGGGCAGGGAAGGCAGGGAGCGAGACGAGGGAGGGACGGGAGGAAGCGGACGAUGCCAGAGGGAGACGUGGGAGGAGGGAGAGGGGAGAAGCGGAGGGUGCUUGCGGAGAGUCUCCCGGAGCUGAGGAGCCACGGGCUGGAGGAGCUGAUGCUGGACGCGCUGGAGCACGUUGCGAGUGCAUGA